UGCAACUCCCAUCCAUCGAUUCUCUGCUAAUAGUUGUUUGUUCUAGUUUGAUCAGUUUUUGUUUCAGCCAAGAACAAAUGAGUACUGUUACACUUGCACCUUCUGCUUUUGCAACUCUUUUUCUUCUCUUCACUGUGAUUCCUUUGUCAACUACUGCUGUGCUUGAUGCCUACUAUUACGAUCAGAGAUGCCCACAAGCAGAUAAAAUCAUCUUAGAGACUGUUCGCAACGCAUCGAUGCAUGACCCAAAAGUCCCAGCUCGCAUUCUCAGGAUGUUCUUCCAUGACUGUUUCGUUAGAGGAUGUGAUGCGUCGGUUUUGCUGGACUCAACUCCGGGCAACAAGGCAGAGAAAGACGGUCCACCCAACAUCUCACUUCGAUCUUUCUAUGUGAUCGACGAUGCUAAAGCUAAGCUCGAACCGGCAUGUCCACAGACUGUGUCUUGCGCUGAUAUAAUCGCAAUUGCCGCAAGAGAUGUAGUAGUUCUGACUGGAGGUCCUUACUGGAAUGUACUCAAAGGAAGAAAAGAUGGAAGGGUGUCGAAGGCCGCAGAGACUACUAACUUACCUGCUCCAUCCUUGAAUGUAACACAGCUCAUUCGGAGUUUUGCAAAGAGGGGAUUAGGAACUAAAGAUUUGGUGGCUCUAUCAGGUGGUCACACCUUGGGAUUUUCUCAUUGUUCUUCGUUUGAGGCUCGGCUUCGAAACUUCAGUUCCACGAAUGAUGUCGACCCAAGCUUGAACGAUGUGUUGGCAGAAAAUCUGAGAAAGAAAUGUCUGAAACCCAACAGAGAUGCCAAUGCAGGAGAGUUCUUGGACUCCACUUCAUCGAUAUUCGAUAAUGAUUAUUUCAUACAACUUGUGGCAGGAAUGGGUGUGUUUGAAUCGGAUCAGUCCUUGUUUAGCGAUUACAGAACAAGGUGGAUUGUGGAGUCAUUCGCGAGAGAUGAAGGUCUCUUCUUCAGAGAGUUUACAACUUCAAUGUUGAAACUCGGAAAUGUAGGGGCGCUUGAAGAUGGAGAAGUAAGAUUGAACUGUCGAGUUCCCAAUUGAGAGAGAGAUAGAUAGAUAGAUAGAGAGAGAGAGAGAUGCAUAAAUAAAGAUUUUUUUCCUUAGAACUUAGAAGGUUGUGGAAAUAAGAUCAGUUUGGAAAAUUCUGUUUCAUCAGUGACAUCUCUAUACUUAAAAAUA